AUCGUGCGCGGAUGCAGCGUUUGGUUGUGCAUGUUGUUUAGAUCGUAUUUGUUUCUUUUAUCACAUAAAGGAAAUCUUGUUCACCAAAAUGCCAAAGCAAACCAUUCUGAAGGAGCUAGCAAAGUGCAAACAUCCUAAAAGUAGGAAAACACUAGCACUGACUCGCAAAGUUAAAAAAAUAAACAAUCGUGAAAAGAUUAAGCUUGGACAUGCAGCUAAAGCCAAUAUGGUUGGUAACAAACUGGCCUGGUUUGCCGAGCACCUAAUAGAACAGCAGCAUCCAUUGGAACCGGCAGAGUAUGAAGCACUGGUGGAUGAGUACCUGAUGCGAUUUGAUCGAGAACUAGAGCAAAUUAAGAUAGUGCAAUCGAUUGGCAAGCAUCGUGCGACGCAACACGCAGCCCGGGAAGCAGCGAUUAAAGCCACGAUCGAAACGGAAAAGCUUAAUUUCAGUGGAGGUGGUAUAGAGCUACCGGAUUUAUGCGAUCCGACAAACUUUACCCUGUUUCAACAGUGGGAUGGCAGUGCGGCAAGCAUUCAGCAUUUGAAACUAAAGUUUAUCUCUAGAAAAAUGCUGCAGGAAUCGGUCAAGAGGAACGUUGUCGAUAAAAUGGACGAAUAA